UUAACACCAACACCCAUAAAUAACCAGUUCGUUACGUGCCUCGUGCCUUCCCUCCUCUCUCUGGCUUUAUUAUUACAGGGAAGCCAGCUUUUCCCUUUCAAUUCGCGUUUCAUUUCUUCGCCCCAGAAUCUGCUUUCUUUCUUUCUGAUUCGCUGAUUCAAAUUGAAGACUCUGUCAAACACAGGGAGGAUUCUUAUUUUGUUUGCAGCUCAAACCGUUGCACAGAUUUCUAAACGGUUUACAUGCUCUGUGGAGAUUUUGAGGAGGAUUUCUUCCCUAUUCGGGAAUCUACGAAUAUCAAAUCCUUUCUUUUUUUUCCUGUAAUCUCAAAUUUGCAUGCUUUCAAGGUUUUAUAAUUUAUACGUUCCUAGUUUAUAAUUCGAGAGGUGCUUUUUUGUUAAAGCUUCUUAGAUAAUCUGAUUGUUUUGCUUCAAAGAAUCGCUGAGACCUCAGGGAUUCUUUGUGGCUCGGGAUUUUUGUGUGCUUUUGGAGGAAGUUUGCGGAGAGAAAUGAGGAAUUUGGUCUUAUAUUGGGCAGAAAUUGAAUAGAUUCAAGGUUUUGUAUUGGGAAAGCGGGGUAUGGUGGUACCUUUCUUUUGGCUUUCUCAAUAGUUCAAUCUGUUUUCUACCCAAAAAAAAAGUUCAAUUUGUUUUUGUUAGGAUUCGAUUCAUUAGUCCUGGAGGAUCCCCGAAUAUUUGUUUUAUUGGGAGAGAUCACGGUUGUGACUUGUGAUCGAAGAUCUCUUUUUGAAGAAUAACGUCAUUGGAGGUCCGACAGUUAUAAUAGUAUCGGGGUUUCGUUGCGAUCUUCUCUGGGUGCUCAUUGUUCUUGUUCCGAGUCGGGAUGGGAGUCGAUUACUACGAUAUCUUGAAGGUGAAUAAGAAUGCAACUGAUGAUGAUGUCAAGAAAUCUUACAGGAAAUUAGCCAUGAAAUGGCAUCCGGACAAGAAUCCAAACAACAAAAAAGAAGCAGAAGCCAAAUUCAAGCAGAUCUCCGAAGCCUACGAAGUCUUGAGCGACCCACAGAAAAGGGCAGUCUAUGAUCAAUAUGGGGAAGAAGGAUUAAAGGGCGCCCCCCCUCCGGGUACCGGUGGUGGUGGAUUCCCAUUUCCCAAUGGAAGUUCUUCAAAAUUCAAUCCCCGAAAUGCAGAGGACAUCUUCGCCGAAUUCUUUGGGAGCAGCCCUUUUGGGUUUGGCUCAACGGGACCUGGGAAGCCUAUGAGAUUCCAAGAUGGAGUUUUUGGGGGUUUUGGUGGGAGCGAUAAUGUUUUUGGGGGAGGCACUACUCCACGGAAGCCCCCUCCGGUGGAGAGCAAGCUACCAUGCAGCCUUGAGGAGCUCUACACUGGGUCAACAAGGAGGAUGAAGAUCUCUAGAAAUGUGGUCGAUGUUAAUGGACAGCUUGUUCAAGAAUCAGAAAUCUUAACAAUUGAUGUGAAGCCUGGAUGGAAGAAGGGAACAAAGAUCACUUUCCCGGACAAGGGAAAUGAACAGGUGAGCCAGCUGCCAGCUGACCUUGUUUUUGUGAUUGACGAGAAGCCCCAUAAUGUGUACAAGAGAGAUGGUAAUGAUCUCAUUCUGACCCAGAAGGUUUCACUAGCAGAAGCAUUGUCAGGGACCACAGUAAACAUUGUGACACUUGAUGGUCGUGACCUUGCAAUCCCAGUAUCGGAUAUUUUGAGCCCAGGAUAUGAGCUUGUGGUUGAAGAGGAAGGAAUGCCAAUAACAAAGGAGCCAGGAAAGAAGGGCAACCUGAGGAUUAAAUUCGAAGUGAGGUUCCCAACAAGAUUAUCUUCCGAGCAACGAGCAGGUCUCAAGCGCAUCUUGGGAGGUUGACACUUGACAAUGAUGGUGGUCUGAUCUUCAUUUAACUUGUGUAUCUUUACUGACUGACUCAGUCAUUAAUAGUCAUCAACAAGCUGGCCAAUCCCAUGUAAUUCUUUUUCCCCCUCCUCUUUCCCUUCUUCCCUGCUAUAUUGGUGGCUUCACUUUCACAUGUAUUUCUCUGGUUUUUUCUUUUACCUCUUUUUUUGUUUGAUUGCAAUGUGGACGCGAGUGUGUGACAGGGUUUCUUAUUCUGUUUUAUCAUUUUUCUGGGUGGGAGGGUGAGAAAUGACAUAGCUUAAAUUAUGCAAA